UGUGUGUGUGUCCAUCCCCAGGCUGUGUGCAGGGUAAGACUGUGGACUUGCUGUGUCCCCUGGGGUUGAGUCCUGGCCGGGGCAAGUUAGCAGUACUGUCUUUCUCUAACACCUCUGUGUUCGACCAAGCUGUCUGACUCACCGACGCCAACCCCCGCUGUAGGCUGCACAUCGUAGGGGGAGUGAAGAAUUGUGGGCUGAACAGAAUCAUGGGCAUUUGGGUUCUGAUGCAGCCAGAAAACAACCGCUCUCGAGUCAUCAAGGACAGCUUCAUCCAUAGGUUCACCCAGCAGAGUCUGGGGGGCUACUUUGGGCUGAAGAGUUAUGCUAAAAACACAGAAGACCAUGAGUUGGAGGGCAAACUCUCCAUGGUCGAGAAAUACAACAGCCGCAUCCCUGAGCUGGUGGAACGCCUCUACGGCUGCACAGAGAGAGAGGCCCAACACGCAGAUUUUAUCCUGGGGACAGUCCAUAAGUCAAAGGGUCUGGAGUUUGACACGGUGGUUAUCACUGAUGAUUUUGCUAAGAUGGAUAGCUGCUUGAACUGUUCUGAGAACACACACACUCAACAUGAACCUCUCCACUGAUGUUGUUAUGGAAAAAAUACCUCUGUGUAAUAGGCAUUUGAACUAGCCAAUUAUGGACCAGAGGGUAACAGUGUGGAACAGAGUUACUCAGCCAAUCUCCUAGAACCUAGAGACACUGACAACGUGGUACCCUUGAUGACGAUUGGCCUAGACCUGCCCCCCAUGAUCUCUGUUAGUCAAAAGGUGUGUUCCUUGCUGAU